GUCUGAGGUUUUGCACUGCAAUAUUUAUUCGCAACAAAAUUGAAUUCAUGUUAAAGGUUAAUUUAUGGAGAUGGUAAUGCUUGCUUAUAGUAGUGGAAUUGCGGCGACGUUGUGUACUUCGGUGGAAAGGAGCUGGUGAUCGUUAGGGGCAACGCCGUGUCUCUUCGUCGUGGUUUGCGGUCUCAGAACAGUUUUGACAAUGGCUUCUCUCGGAUAUAGUAGAAUUUGUGCUCGUGUUCAUGAAAAACUGUGUCAGUGGGGAUAUUCCCAAAUAAACAAAAACUCAAUUUGUGUUCGCUCAAAAAUUGGAUUUUGCAUAUCGACUAGGAACUUUUCAGAGGAUACAAAAAAGUCGCGAGUUCUAAAAAACGCCGUUGGAGCAGCAGCAACCUCUCACGUACCAGGAUGUUGGCAUCCUUGUAUUCGACCAGAAAUACCGGAUACAACUCGAACGUUCGCCACGAUGCGUACGCAACAACCCGGGUCUUUACUCGAAUACCAAGAAGACCCUUACAGUUUGCUGGAAGACGACCUUAAAGAUGUUUAUGUUUAUAUAAGAAAUGUACUUAGACGAAAUACAUUCCAAGAUAAUUUAUACGAAAUAGCCACAUAUUAUUUCGAUGGACAUGGGAAAGCGAUCAGGCCUAUGGUGACUAUAUUAAUGGCAAGGGCAAUCAAUUCACACAUGUACAAAGAGAACAGUGGUCUUUUAUCAUCGCAAAGAGAAGUAGCGAUGAUAUCAGAAAUGAUCCACACGGCUUCACUUGUCCAUGACGAUGUAAUAGAUCAAUCAGAUUUCCGAAGAGGUAAACCGAGCGUAAACGUUAGAUGGAAUCACAAAAAAGUUACAAUGGCGGGUGAUUUCAUUUUAGCAGUAGCGUCGAUGUUGAUAGCUAGGUUAAGAAACAAUGACGUCACAUCCGUUUUAAGUCAGGUUGUCACAGAUCUAGUCCAAGGUGAAUUUAUGCAGUUGGGAUCCAAAGAAACAGAAAAUGAAAGAUUCGCACACUAUUUACAAAAAACUUAUCGGAAAACAGCAUCAUUAAUUGCCAAUUCUUUAAAAGCUGUUGCAAUUUUGGCAGACGCCGAUGAAAAACUAACAGACAUUUCGUAUCAAUAUGGAAGAAAUCUAGGACUUGCUUUUCAAUUAGUAGACGAUCUUCUUGACUUUGUAUCUUCUUCUGAAGCUAUGGGUAAACCUACAGCUGCAGAUUUGAAAUUAGGUUUGGCAACUGCACCUGUAUUGUUUGCUUGCGAAAAGUAUCCCGAAUUGAAUCCUAUGAUAAUGAGAAGGUUUCAAGAGCCUGGUGAUGUAGAAAAAGCUUUCGAACUAGUUCACAAAUCGAGAGGAUUGGAACAAACGCAAUUUUUGGCACGUCAACAUUGUCAAGAGUCAGUGAGACUUGCCAAUCUCAUACAAGAAAGUCCCUUUCAAAAAGGUUUAAUAGUGACUGCGGAUUAUGUUUUAAAUCGUAUGAAAUAGCGUAAAAAUAUUUUAGUUCUAGAUUAGGUAGAUGAUUGUAGUUAUGAAAUUAUAUUUAGAUGGAUUUGUGGGGUAUUACUGAAACAUUUUUCCAGUUCAGUUCAGUGUCUAUAUUGAAAUUGUUUGACCGAAAAAAAAAAUAUUGAAAUUAAAACGAAAAUUAUAGUCAACAGUUUACCAAUAACUUAAUUCGUUAAUCAUCUAGAUGAGGUUACACCGAAAUUCAAUAUUUCGAAAAUGUAUUCUGCCGUUCUUCAAACGAGAAAACAACUACUUUCCUGGCUAACGCCUCGCCGAAUAUUGAAUUCCUCUAAAAUUGAAUCAAACUUGUUUUCCCCUUCAUAAUCACACCUAAAAUAUCGUAAUUUAAAAAAAAAUAUCAAUAUACUCUUAGAUAUUAAUUAUUAUACUUAUCGAUAAUUAAAUUUGAAUUCUCCCAUAUCGUUCUUUUGUAUUAUAAACCUUUUCUUUUUAAAUUAACUUUAUUUUAAAUGUAUCUAUUGCUCAAUUGAUAUUACUAAUAAAUCUAUACACAAUUUAACACGAAACAAAUAUAUAAGUACAUUCUAACUACCUUUAGAUUUAGUUAAAUUAUAUAUUUUAAUACUUUAUAUUUCAGAAAAUGUAAAUAAAAAUGACAAGAUUUCAAAAAAUAUAAAUUUUUACUAAAAUUUAUGAAAAAACACUCAUAGCCCAUAACCUUUUUACUGUGAAUUUAAAAGUAUUCUUCAUUUUUCGUUUUGUAUUUUCCAGCUUCAUUCCGAUUUAUUACUAACAUCUCUACCUCGUCCUAAUUUAUCCCUGACACUUCUAUCUCAUUAUUCCUUCUGCCUUGUUCCAAUUCAUCAUAUUAUUUAUUCCUCAUUCCAAAUUGUCCUUAACACUUCUAUAUCAUAUUUAUUAAACUCAUUUUGAGUAUCGGUUUAAUAUUUAAUCCAAAUAGAAAAAUAAGUCUCAACUUGAAGUAUUGUUAAGUUUUUGUUAUAAGUAUUGGUUUAAUCAGUUUCAUUCUUCUCAUUAAUUCAUUAAUCACUUUUUUAUUUUCUCUUCUAUUUCAUUUAAAUAUAAAUAUUUGAAAGUGUAUGUCUCCAAAUAUGUCUUUUGAGUUUACACACUUUAUAAAUUUGACCAGGUUAUUAAAAGAAUAAAAAAAAAAUUAAUUAUAUGGAUGAAGAACUCUCUCACCGCUAGUUGUAGUGGCAAAUGAGGAGGAAGAGGAAAUGGGACAAUAAAACAUAUGGGGUGAGGCAUCUUUCUGUACUGAAAGACUACCAAUACUCAAUAUGACUAAGUGACAGCCGAAGAAUAUUUGAAAUACCAUAAAGGUUUCAAAUUUUGUUUAUUUUUAAAGUUAUUUAUGAAUGUUACCUGAUGUACAGGGUAUACCACGAUUUUUUCAAAAAAAAAUGAUAAUUUAUAUGUAAUUACAAUAAAAUUAUGUUUUUUUUCAAGUUAAUAAAAGAACAGUUUGAUUUAGAAGCAACAUGAAUUUUGUUGUUACACCUUUCUUUGAAAAAUUUGCUAGUUUCAGGUAAUUUUUCAGUUUUUCAGUUGAAAAAACUUACCUCCUAUGAAACCUAAAAUCCCUUAAAACAUAUAAAAAGGUCUAAAAACUGAAAAGUUGAAGAAAAUUUUUCAUAUGACUGGGUAUUUUUAGAAAAAAAAAAUUUGUGUAUAUAAACAAUUCAAAUAACUCAAAACUGAAAACCUUUAGAUGUAUGACGUUCGACUUAUUUCAUUGUGGUACACCCUGUAUGAAAACAUUUUUAUAUUUUUCAACGAUAAUUGGAUGAAAAGACGUUGAUUGUAUAUUUUUUUACAUUAUAAAGUAUAUUUAUACAACUUGCACCAUAUAUUUGUGUAUAAAUGUACAGACAUAAUAUUAUAUAUUGAUAAUAAUAAAAUAAAUUUUAUUGAGUUAAAUUAUUGUUACCUUCCUUAAAGCUCCUGUACUAAUUACAAUAAAAAAUUUUCGAUUGUUACUUUGACUAUACAUUAUAUAGUAGGAACAAUGUGGUCCUUUGUAUAUUUCUGCUAUGAUGCAUUAAAAUUAAAUUGCAAUUUCUACUAUUAAUUGUAGCUAAGAAGAAACAAAAAAUCUCAUAAAGAAUGUAAUAUUUCAAUAAGUAGACAAUUUGUAACAAAUUUUCUGUAAAAUUCUUCUUUUAGUGAAUGAUUACCCCUACAACUUUAUUUUUUCAAUUACUAAGUGUUCUUAAAUAGAUGCACUCUUAUGUAAAGUGUAAUUGUAUAGUAGCUUUGGAUAAAUUUGUUGUUGUUUACUUCACACUUAUAAUUGUGUAUAUAUAUUGGUAAUUAUCUUAUUGUUUACGGAUUAAUUAAAAAAAUAUAUAAUUUUAUAGCAA